AUGAGUGAAGUUUUGAGGAGCCCUUCUGACUUGCCCAGCUACGAGUCUUCGUUUACAUACCCAACGUCAGAGGAAACUGCAACGGCACCUUCGGCUGUUUCCGGUAGUGUUGCUGAACUCCAGGAGGCUACUAAAGGACAGCAGAUAGCUCAUAAUACUUCCAUGGCUGCUCCUCAGCGAGUGCAGCCACUACUGCCUUAUUCCCAGCAUAUGCCAGGUCAUUCACCUACAGCGCCAAUGGAGUCUCUGCCAACGAGUACUUCAAUAUCAGGGCCUAUAGUGCCUUUGGGACAGUUAGCAAUUGUUCCGUAUAUUCCUAGCGUUGCGGAGGCGCUUGCAUCGAACGCUCCAUCAUAUACUGCUGCGCUCACGCAGCUAAGUAGCACUGGCAUGGCAGAAACUAUGAGUGUCCUUUGUAAUAGCGAGCCCCAAGUGGUUUCUGAAUACGCAGAGCUUUUGUCCAAAGCUGGAACUUUAUUGCAUGAAGGUCAGCUUGAAGAGCCUUAUGGCCUGGCGCUAGAAAAUAGGUUCAUUGCAUUGACCGAGUCUUUGCCACACUACUUGGCACUGGAACACCCAGCUGCUUCUCAGUUAUAUGUCAUUGCGGAACGUUGCUUUGACAUUCUAAUCAAGCUUUCGAUGAACGAUUCAAAGCCUUCGCUUUCUUCACAUACAAUCAAGUUUCUUACCAGCAUCAUGAUCAAUCUCAACUACUGGGAAAUUUAUAACCUCAUUAGAUGGAAACCUGCAAUCUCCCUGUUUUUGGCACUUAUAAAGUUCGAUAUGAAUGAUUGCUAUAAGAAUUUCAUCAAGAACUAUUCCAAUUUCAAGCAUAGACAGGUCCAAUACCCUUCUGCCAUGGUUGAAAAGUUUAGCAUAUUAAGAGCCAAACGGAGGAGGGAGCGUGAUCGCCGCUUUUCUGAAGCAUCGAUGUAUGAUGGUGAAGACGAUAGAGAAUCGCAUGAAGACCACGAUAAAGCCGAUCAAAAGGCCAAGGAGAAGAAGAAAAAGGUGGACGCAAAACUAUCUGCGCAUAGGGUCAUCAAGAAACCGGAACUCAAGUCUGCCAGUGCUCGCUCUUCUAAUUACGAUCCCGACGUCAUUCACGAGUGUCAGCUUCCUUCUGCUGAAGAGCCAGGCAAGUUGUGCCUCAGGAGGUUCUCCAGAAAGUAUGAACUCAUACGGCAUCAGGAUACCGUGCAUCUGAAGAAGAAGAAGUUGUUCAAGUGUUUUGUUUGUGUGAAGCAAGACCCUGUAAUGGGUCCAAGAAUAUUUACGAGGCAUGAUACGUUGGCAAAGCAUAUAAGGGUAAACCACCGCAUUUCUGGAAAAGAAGCCAAAGCUGAGGUUGCAUACUCAAAGAAGCACGCUGAAAUUGUUGAUGAAGGCGACAUUACUGUUCAUGUGGGUCGUAGAAAGACCAAGGUUGACUUUGAACUACGUGCCCACAUGAGUAAAAGAGGUGCUCGGGAAGCACCAGAUGGCAGUAUUAUCUUUGACGAUGAAGAUAUGUUAUCUGGCGAAGAAGGAGAGCCAAUGAUAGACGUUGUUUAA